AUGAAUCGAUACGUGGCUGCAGCUGUGUUGUUGGUGAUGGGGCUGCAUGUUGCAAUGGCACCACCACCAGUCCGUCUCACCAUAGAUUGUGGUUCAAAAGAAAAGGAUUCGUUGCUUGGUUUUAAUUUAAAACCAAAGUCGUUCACGAAUAACUACCGAGAUAGUUUAGAUGUGGAUUCUUUCUGCAAUUUCAUACAUAGAUCUAUUCCAAAAGCAAUCAGAGAUGGCAAAGUGGUUUUAGUUGAUCCAGAUUCAGAUCAAGACAGUUUUGGAAAUACUCAUGUUCCAAUAUCACUCCCGCCACCACAAGGAUUCAUUCCAGACAUUCCAUUACCAAAAUUCAAAGUCCCAAAGCUAAGUAUUCCAAAAAUCACAGUUCCAAAUUUGAGAAACAUACUCGAUGGACCUAUGUCUCCACCAACAGUGGGAGCAACUAAUUUAUUUUCAAGGGCAAAUGAUUAUGAAGAAGAAUCUAGUGCGGAGAGAAUGGAGAAAUUCAAGAAGGGAGUACAGAAGAUGUUACAUGUUGUCAAAGUUCUUGGACAAAUCGACAAUUACAUUUCUGAGAGGACUAGAAUUGUUGUUGAUAAAUUAUCAAAAACGUUCUCAGAUUAA